AUGGACGAGUCUGAGCCCAAAACCGAGAGCCAGCCGGCUCAAGGAGGUGAACGAAUUCGUUGGGAUGCCGACGAGGAGGCCGGUAGGAAGCCUCAUCGCUCUGGCCCUACUCCUGCUCUCCAUCAUGCUCGUUCAAACACCUCCAUGUCGAUUCACUCGGUUCGCUCUCGACGCAACUCCAUUGAUGUCGCUACCGAGCUUCCCAUUCAAUACCGCACGGUGUCCAUUGAGAUAGAAGAGUUCAAGACUAAAACCGAAGCGGUCAAGAAGGCCAAAAACGUCGCUACAGAGCUCUCGGAACUUGAGUGGCACACUCUGUCCGUCGAUGAGAUCCUCCGCCGCCUCUCCUCCUCCCUCACCGAUGGCCUCUCCCCGGACCAGAUCCAGCGCCGCAUGGCACACUAUGGCAAGAACGCGCCUUCUCCCCCUCCCUCGCACAAUACCAAAAAGUUUCUCGGGUACUUCUUCAAGGGUUUCGGUACGGUCCUGCUUGUGGCGUCUAUCCUUGUCUUCAUCGCCUGGAAGCCCCUCGGUAGCCCGCCCGCCAUCGCCAACCUGGCCCUCGCCAUCGUGUUGCUCGCCGUCUUCUUCAUCCAAGCCGGCUUCAACAUGUGGCAGGACUGGUCCUCUUCGCGUGUCAUGAACUCUAUCAAAACUCUGCUUCCCGACAACUGCAUGGUCAUCCGCGAUAGCAACCAGGUCGAGCUCGUAGCUGAUCAGAUCGUACCCGGAGACAUCCUGAUCGUCAAGAGUGGCAACAAACUGCCUGCCGACGUGCGCUUCCUCAAGGUGUCAUCGGAUGCCAAGUUUGACAGGUCCAUCCUGACUGGCGAAUCGGUCCCUUUGCCCGCUGCUGUUGAUUCCAGUGAUAACAACUACCUCGAGACGCGAUGCAUCGGUCUCCAGGGCACGCACUGUGUCUCUGGUACUUGCACUGGCGUCGUCGUGGCUACGGGUGACAACACCAUCUUUGGCCGCAUUGCGAAGCUGACCAACGAGCCGAAAAAGGGCUUGACGACACUAGAGCGCGAGGUUCUGCACUUUGUGCUCAUCAUCUGCUCCAUCAUGUUCCUCAUGAUCACUCUCGUCUUGAUUGUCUGGGCUGCCUGGUUAAGAAAAGAGCAUCCCAACUGGAUUAAUGUGCCCAACUUGAUCAUCUCUUGCGUGUCGGUUGCUGUGGCUUUCAUCCCCGAAGGCCUGCCCGUAGCCCUGACGGCUAGCAUGACCAUCAGCGCCAACAUGAUGCGAAAGAACAAGAUCCUUUGCAAGUCGCUCAAGACUGUCGAGACCUUGGGAUCCGUGUCUAUCAUUUGCUCCGAUAAAACCGGUACCCUGACUCAGAACAAAAUGAUUGUUACCGAAUGCGCCAUAGGAACGAACAAGAUGACAGCUCAGACUGCCAGAGAUACCCUCGCGGUGAACAAGCACAAUUCCCCCAACAACAACGCCCUUGACCAGCUUCGAAGCAUUGCGGGUCUCUGCAACGCCGGACAGUUCGACGCUGCAACCAGGCACCUGCCCCUGCACGAGCGUGUUAUCCACGGUGACGCCACGGAUCAGGCCAUUCUGCGCUUCUCUGAGGGUUUGGGACAAGUUUCUGAGCUGCGCCGUUGCUGGUCUACCAAGUACGAGCUUGCAUUCAACAGCAAGAACAAGUACAUGAUCCGCGCUCUGGGCCUGGCCCACCCUGACGGGUUGUCGCUUGCCCUGCCUUCCGAUACUGCCUCAGUCUUUCAGCCUGGUGAUGUCCUUUUGACCAUCAAGGGUGCCCCUGAGAUUCUCAUGAGCAGACUGAGCAACUAUGUCAGCCCUUCUGGAUUCACCACUUCUUUGGACCCAGCAACGCGUGCUUCCAUCGAGAAGAUCAAGGAUGAGUGGUCUGCCCAGGGACGCAGAGUUUUGCUUCUUGCGCGCAAGGCCAUUUCCAGAUCCGCUCUGAAAAGCCAUCCUUCUGACAGCGCUUACGAGAUGGAGAUCAACAACCAGGCCAAGUCCGGUCUCACCUUGGUUGGCAUCGUUGGUAUCGUCGACCCUCCUCGCCCCGAGAUUCCAGAGGUUAUGAACACACUCCGCGGCGCCGGCAUUCGUAUCUUCAUGGUUACUGGUGACUUCGCCCUUACUGCACAAGCCAUCGCGGCCGAGUGCAACAUCAUCAGCGUCCCUCCUUCGCAGAUUGACGACAUUUCGGCCCUUCGACGCAAUACAACAGUUGAUCCCUCCCUCAAGCCCCACAUGGACGAUGUUGAAUCUUCCCCUCGCCAGGCGAUUGUCCUCUCCGGGCCCGACCUGAUGACCCUCAACGACGACCAGUGGGACCAGCUGGCGCAGUACCAAGAGAUUGUUUUCGCACGCACGACGCCCGAACAGAAACUCCGCAUCGUACGUGAGCUCCAAGCCCGUCACCAAAUCGUGGGUAUGACCGGUGACGGCGUCAACGACGCGCCCUCCCUGCGCGCCGCCGACGUCGGCAUUGCUCUCGGAUCCGGGAGUGACAUCGCCAUCGAAGCCGCCGACAUGGUCCUGCUCGACUCCUUCUCCAGCGUCGUCGAGGCUCUGAGGUACGGCCGCAUGAUGUUCGACAACCUCAAGAAGACCGUCGCGUACCUGCUCCCCGCCGGAUCUUUCUCCGAGUUCUGGCCCGUCAUGACCAACGUCCUCUUCGGCAUCCCGCAGAUCCUCAGCAGUUUCCUCAUGAUCAUCAUUUGUCUCUUUACCGACGCCGCCGCCGCCAUCGCCAUGGCCUACGAAGCGCCCGAGGCCGACGUGCUCCUCCGCAAGCCCCGUGUCCCCGGCAAGGACCGCCUCGUCGACUGGCAGCUCGUCGUCCAGGCUUAUGGCCUCGUAGGCGUCCUCGAGACCCUCGCGAGUUUCGCAAUGUCGUACUGGUACCUCGAGCGCAACGGCAUAAAGUUCACCGACAUUUGGUUCUCCUUUGGCGACCUCCCUUCUUCCAUCGACCAGGACUUUUACCAGCAGAAACUCAACGUCGCGAGCUCCAUCUACUUUGUCAACCUGGUCGUCAUGCAGUGGUUCAACCUCCUCGCCGUGCGCACCCGUCGGCUGUCGCUGUUCCAGCACCCGCCCGUCGGCAACAAGCGCACCCAGAACUGGUACCUCUUCCCUGCGGUCCUCUUCUCCCUCGUCAUGGUCUUCUUCUGGUUGUACGUGCCCGAGUUCCAGGAAACCCUCGGCACGGCCAUCGUCCCCGUCGAGUACUGGUUCCUGCCCAUGGCUUUCGGCCUCGGUAUCCUGCUCAUUGACGAGGCGAGAAAAUAUGCAGUGCGCGCGUGGCCCAACAGUUUCUUUGCGAAGACGGCUUGGUAA